UUUAUUUUGAUCAGCAGCGCCAACACCUACCUGUCGUACUAUCGUCUCACGUUUUUUAAGAAUGUAAAAUUUAAAAAUAUUCAGUGAAUAACAAAGUGUUUAAAAUAAUUAUAAACAAUUAAAAAUGGCUGAAGUAAUUGAAAAAAUAUGUGAAGACAUAAACGAGCUUGAUUAUAUCAAAAAGAUGAAUCUAUUUGAUAAAAAUGAAGUCAGAGACAUAGCAAAACAUUUAAAUGAAUACGAGAUGAAAAUACAAAGUCAUACAAAAUUUAAAGAAGAUUACUUGAGGUAUAUUACAUACGAGAUGGAUUUGCUAAAACGUGUAAAGCAACGUAAAGAAAAACUUGGAAUGACACAACAGUCUGAUAUUAAUUCACCCAUUAUUAAAAAAGUUAAUAAUUUAUAUAAAAAAGCAACGAUCAAAUUCCAAGAUGACCUCAGAUUCUGGAUGGCGUACAUGAAAUUUCGUAAACAAUUACGUUUUUUCGAUAACAUAAGUCGAAUGAUUGAGAAAAUGAUUGAAGUACAUCAAGAUAAACCAGAAUGUUGGAUUAUCGCAGCUCGUUGGGAAAUAGAAGAAAAUAAAAACUCACAAAAAGCUAAGCAAGAUCUAUUGAAAGGUCUACGAUUACAUCCAACUUCUCAAAAUUUAUAUUCAGAUAUUUUUCAAUUAAUAAUGAGUGAGACUGGAUCGACUGAUAGUGAAUUAGCUGUGACACUCGAACGUGCGCAAGUUAUUUAUCAACAAGCAUUCAAACAUAUAAAAGAUGUUACAUUUAUUAUUAAACUACUAGACAUUGCGACAAAGCACAAAAAUACAGAGAAAUUGCAGCAUCAUAUUAUAAGUGAUUUGAUAAAAGAAUACUCUCACAAACCACAAGUAUGGGACACGAUGGCUCGACGUGAGUUAGCGGGUUUAACAUACGACCCUGAUGAAGAAGAUGAUCAUUCAAUGGAAGUUGAUGAAACGGAAUUGAAUACUAUGCGACGUAGGAUAAGUUUUUGCAAUGAAGUUUAUCAGACUGCGGUUAAAAGAAUAAAAACAGAAACAAUGUGGGCACUUUACAUCAAUUGUUUAACGGAAAUUAAUCAAGACUUAUCGUCUCUGCCAAAUUUUAAACGUAAAAUAUUUAAAAACGCAUUGAUACAGGGUCAUCAGUCGAAAAAAUUACAGGAUAAACAUUAUUGGUGCUGGAUAAAAUUAUUAGAGAACGACAAAAAAGAUGACAAUCUCAAAGAUAAAUUAUAUGAAGUAUUAUGUAAUGCAACAGAUGCAUUGCCUCAUAAUAUUGACUUGUGGAAAGAAAAACUAAGACACUUAAUAUCCGUAGAUAAAAAUGAUUUAUUUAUUGCAGAAUUCGAUAAAGCCAUAAAAACAUUAGGAAGCAAAGCGUUGCCACUAUGGAAAAUAAAAUUACUCUACUUUCAAGCGAAACAUCCGAAUAAAGUCGAAGAAAUUUAUUCCGCUGGAAUGAAAGAACAUCCAGAAAUUUCGCGAGAAUUGAAACCCGCUUAUAUUAAAUGGGUUGUAUUAACAAAAGGUAUACAAAUAGCUCGACAUACUUAUAAUGAGUUGAGUGUAAAGCCACCAUUCUGCUUAGAACUUCACAAAGGAAUGGCAGACAUAGAGAUCAUUCAACCAGAUAUAUGUAAACAAAAUGCACGUCGUCCUCAUGAAAUGGCUACAAGUCAAUUUGGUAAAACUAACACAGAAGUAUGGAUUAAUUUCAUUGAAUUUGAAAUAAAGUUCGGUGAUCCGUCUAAAGUUACUGAUAUACACCGAAGAGCUGUGCGAACUUUAGAGACAAUAUAUGUUGAUACAUUUAUAUCUGCGUAUAAUAUCAUUCAAACAAAUACAAAUUCCAUAACGACUUUAUCUUAAAUUUUUAUUUAUGAUUUUAUUGUAGAGGGAGAGACUCAGUACCUGAUCAGGGAACUGGUACCUGAUCACUCAUAUAUUUAUAUAUUAAUAUAUUAGUGAAUUUUACUAAAAAAUGUACAAAUAAUAGAGUGAUCGGGUACUAGUUUCUUGAUCGAGUACGAGGUCUUUUAUGUUAUUUUUUAUGUCACAGAAUAACUGAAAUAUAAAUUUUUGAAUCCUUUUAAAAAGAAAUUUUUAAAACUCCUUACAGUGAAAGGUAAUGGAAAUUUUUCGACGCGCGUUUUCGAUGUAAAAAAAAGUCUGCAGAGGAUACUUGUGAGUUUUCUUAGACAAGUAAAGAAAUAUUUUUUAUAAUACUGUGAAAUUAGCUUGAUAUUGGUGUAUAUAAUUUAAAUAAUGAAUGUUAUUGUAAAUAUUAAUACAUGCAAAUAUAAAUAUCGUGAAAUUCA